UCGAAUCCCACGUAUUUUCCAAUUAGAUUAGAGAAUGAAAAUCCCGAGUACAGUGAAAUUAGGUGAUUAUAUAGAUUAGAUUAGGUUGUCCGGUUCACGUAUGGUAACGCGGUUACAGAGGUUCCUUGUCACGAAGGUGCUCCGCCAAUGCAGCGUUAAAUCGUCCCACACGACGAUAAUGCCGAAAAGAUCGCUUCAAAAUCCUCCGGAGAAGAAAUUGAAACCGAAUCAGGCCUCGACUAACGCGAUCAACAGUUCCGAUUUCUCUACUACUCAUAACCUCGAGAGGGACAGCAUGGUCGUUAAUACUAAGAAUGCUAAAAGCCAAGCAACCGUGGAUUGCAAAUGCAGGACGGAGCAGGACAGCACCGGACGACGAACGGGCGUUAGUUAUCUAGAUACACCUGUUAAAUCGGAGACUGAUAAGAAGGAGUACAGAGUGAUUCAGCUAGAGAACGGGCUGACCGCUUUGUUGAUCUCAGAUCAAUCCAAUUUAGUAAACCAAGAAGAUUUGCUCAGUGACAAAGAUGAUGGAAUCAGCAGUGAGAGUGAAAGUGAAGCUAGUGGUGAGAGCGAAGAAGAGGUCUCCGGUGAAAGUAGCGAUGGGAGUGACUCGGAAGAUGGUGAAGAUUGUGUACCCGAGAAAUCAACUAAAAGAGAAGAAAAAAUGGCAGCAUGUGCAUUAUCAGUUGGCGUGGGAAGCUUCAGCGAUCCGCCAGAGAUUCCUGGUUUGGCGCAUUUUUUAGAGCAUAUGGUCUUCAUGGGAUCCGAGAAGUACACCGAGGAGAACGACUUCGACGCGUUUAUUAAAAAGAAAGGCGGUAUGGACAAUGCCUCGACCGAAUGCGAGUUGACGACGUUCUAUUUCGAGAUUCAGGAGAAGUAUCUGCUCGCCGCCCUUCACCGUUUCGCUCAAUUUUUCAUCACACCGUUGAUGAAAAAGGACGCGAUCACGAGGGAGCGCGAGGCCGUGGAAAGUGAGUUCCAGAUGGCUUUACCCUCGGACUCUUGUAGAAAAGACCAACUGUUUUGUAGCUUAGCGCGAGAGAAUCAUCCGGCGAGCAAGUUCAGCUGGGGUAAUUUAAUUACAUUGCGAGACAACGUGGUGGACGAUAAACUCUACGAGGAGUUGCACAAAUUCAGGGAACGACACUACAGCGCUCACAGAAUGAAACUAGCUAUACAAGCCAGACUACCACUGGAGGUGUUAGAAAACUAUGUAAAAAAAUGCUUCUCGGAGGUGCCGAACAAUGACUUGCCACCCGACGAUUUUAGUCGGUUCAUAGGCGCGGAUUCGUUUGACACGCCUAAUUUUCAUAAAAUGUACAGAAUUAAGCCCGUGAAAGACAUUUGCCAAGUGGAUUUGACGUGGUCGAUGCCGCCCCUACUUCAUUUGUACAAAAGCAAACCGCACGAGUAUAUAGCAUGGAUCAUCGAGUAUCAGGGCAAGGGUUCUUUGAUCAGUUAUCUGAAAAGCAAGAUGUGGUGUCUAGAGAUAUCUUGUAGGAGCGAGGAGAGCAGCUUCGAAUACAGUUCGCUGUACGCAUUGUUCACUUUGUCUUUAACUUUGACCGAGCAGGGACACGAGAAUCUGCCGGAUGUUUUAAACGCUGUAUUCUCGUUCAUUAAUCUAGCGCGCAGAGAAGGUCCGCAAAAACGAAUCUACGAUGAGAUCCACCAGAUCAAAGAAACGAAUUUUAGAUUUACAGAGGAAAGUCUGCCGGUCGAGUACGUGGAAGAGCUCUGCGAGAACAUGCACUAUUACCCUCCGAUAGAUUACAUAACUGGAAGCGAAUUGCAUUUUGAGUACAAUCCAGAAGCCAUAGAGGAUUGCAUGAGUUAUUUAACACCCGAACGCGUGAACAUAAUUGUAUCUAAUAAGAAGUACAACGAGGAGGAAUUGGAUAAGGUGGAGCCUUGGUUCAAGACGAAAUACGCCGCCGCGGAGAUUCCUCCGGAGUCCGUCGAGAACUGGAAGGACAUCGAACCGUACGAGGAAUUUCACUUGCCACUGCCGAACCCGUUUUUAACCGACGAUUCUACUUUAAUCGCGAUGCCAGCGGACGUGCCUAAGUACCCGACGAAAGUGUUUUCAGACGAUAUCAUGGAGGUUUGGUAUCGACCCGAUCCAAAAUUUGGCCUGCCCGACUGUUACAUGCUCUUUUUCCUCACGACACCGUUAGCCUGUUCGCUAAAGAGUGCAGUUCUGACGGAUCUGUUUGUUGUCGUAUUGAAGUACCUUUUGGAGGAGACACUGUAUCCAGCCCUGGUGGCUGAACUGCAUCAUGAGAUCGAUACGACGGAGAAAGGUAUUAUAAUUAACGUGAACGGAUUCAAUCAGAAGCUACCGCUGGUAUUGAUGAACGUUGCGAAAUGCCUGAAAGAGAUCCCGGCGUUAAUAACCGAGGAACUGUUUGACGUAUUAAAGCACGCGCAGAUUAAGAGAUAUUAUAAUGACUUCGUAAAACCUAAGCAUUUGAUUCGACACGUCAGACUCUCGAUCCUGAUGCUUACUCACUGGACGUCCGUGGACAAGCACUCCGCGAUCCAGAGCAUCGACUUCCACGAAUUCCUGAACUUCGCAAAACAUCUACCCGAUCACUUGUACGUGAAGUCUUUGAUACAAGGCAACAUGACGGAGGAGGACGCGAUAAAGAACGCGCGAGAGUUCGUCAGCACGUUGGGGUGCGGGCCAUUGUUACCUAACACGAUGCCGGAGAUACGAGUGAUGCAGAUUCCUAUUGGCAAGCACUACUGCAAAGUGAAGAACUUCAACAGUACGGACGUGAACUCUGUCAUUACGAAUUACUAUCAGGUCGGCAUUUCGUCCAUCAAAUUGUUGGUCAUCAUCGAAUUGCUAAUGAUGAUCAUGGAGGAGCCUCUGUUCAAUCAGCUGAGAACCCAGGAGCAGCUCGGCUACGUCGUCUUCUGUACGCAGAGAUACACGCUUGGCAUCCUGGGAUACACGAUCACGGUCUACACCCAAGCCGAUAAGUACACCACAGAGCACGUGGACAACAGGAUAGAUUCCUUUCUUGAGACGUUCAAUAAUACUCUAAAAGAGAUGUUAGAGAAGGAGUUGAAUGACAUCAAGGAUUCAUUGAUCAGGAUGAAAUUGUGCGCGGACGUUGAUUUGAAGGAGGAAGUGGACAGAAACUGGGAAGAGAUCACCAGCGGCGAUUAUAUGUUCGAUAGAAUUGAAAAUGAGUUGGCCGUGAUCAAGUCUAUCAAGAUCGACGAGCUUAGGGAAUGGAUGAACGUUCACAUGAUCGAUGGAAACAGUUUGAGGCAACUCAGCGUGCAUGUUGUAGGAACUGCUAAAUCUGACGACAAAGGCGAUAACGGAGAUGUCGAAGAGACAUCAGAGUGUCUGAUCAGUUGUUGUCCGAAGAAAGAAGACAGUGGAAAUGCGAAAUACACAAUGAUGUAUGUUGCCAAACCGGAGGACAGCGAAGGAGCUUCGACGAGCAUCACCAACAUCCAAGAGUACAAAAAUAGAUUAUUCUGUUAUCCGGUCGUUCACACCACACUGUGAUACUAAAUUCUAAAACCCGUAAUAUAUAAAAUAAAAUUGUCUAACAGAGAAAUAAAGAUGCAACAUCGAGGCCA